GCGUUCUCGUCUUCAACAAAAAGCAAAACCCCCAAAUCUAGAGUCGAAGAAAAGUUCAAACCCUAGCUCAAAUUCCAGCAAUUAUCACAUACGAUUCAACGAUCGAUUCGAGUUAAAGAAUUCGUUCAUCAACUUCUUUCAAGUUCUCAACAGAUUUGCAGCAAUUAUGGGGCAAGCCGAGAAAUUGAUGAACCAAAUCAUGGAGCUCAAGUUCACCGCCAAGAGCCUGCAACGGCAGGCAAGGAAGUGCGAGAAAGAUGAGAAAUCCGAGAAACUUAAAGUGAAGAAGGCGAUCGAGAAAGGUAAUAUGGAUGGAGCAAGAAUCUAUGCUGAAAACGCGAUCCGUAAACGUAGCGAACAGAUGAAUUACCUACGUUUAUCUUCACGUCUCGAUGCGGUCGUGGCACGGCUCGAUACACAGGCGAAGAUGACGACGAUCAGCAAGUCUAUGGGAUCGAUCGUUAAGUCUCUUGAGUCAACCCUAGCUACGGGUAACUUGCAGAAGAUGUCUGAGACAAUGGAUCAAUUUGAGCGCCAGUUUGUAAAUAUGGAGGUGCAGGCGGAGUUCAUGGAGAGUUCCAUGGCUGGAAGCACUUCUCUUUCGACUCCUGAAGGAGAAGUCAACAACUUGAUGCAGCAAGUGGCGGAUGAUUAUGGUCUGGAGGUGUCUGUGGGAUUGCCACAACCUGCUGGACACGCAGUACCAACCAAAAAUACCGAGAAGGUUGAGGAGGAUGACCUCUCUAGGCGCCUUGCAGAUCUUAAAGCCCGUGGGUAACUGAAAACUUUCCAUGGAUUAUAGUUAUUCGUUUCGAUUAUGUCACACUAUCUGCAGUUUCGAAUUGAAUAUGUAAAUUUGACUGGAUUAUCUUAUGUGUUGUUUCUUACUUUUCUGCUGCUCGAAACCUUUGCAUACGUUGUUAUGGCCUUGAACAAGAUAUAUGCAUAUUGUAUUGGAGUUCAUAGAUGAUGCUACAUGCUACUGUCUGAGAUUCAGCUGGUUAUGUAAUUUCCGUUGGUAUGAA